AUCAACCUCCAUGAUCGUUCCCAAUUGAUCAAUCACAAACCUUAUCUUCUUCUUCUUCUCUGUCAGUAUCUGAAUCUGCAUCUGGAAGCGUGACUUCAUCAUCAUGUAUAUAACUGCUUCAUCUUCCGCUUCUUCCUCUAUCAUCCGCGCUGCUUCUUCUCGCUCUUCUUCACUCUUCUCCUUCCGAUCGUUUUUAUCUCCCUCCGUUUCAUCUACUUCUCCGUCGUCACUUCUCGGUCGUAGAUCUUUCGGUACCAUUUCACCUGCUUUUCGUUCACUUCCUCGUUGGAGCCAUUGCUUUCACUCAAAACCUUCUCCGUUUCGCUUAACCACUCAGAUCAGAGCUGUUUCUCCAGUCUUAGAUCGUCUCGAGAGAACCUUCUCUUCCAUGGCGUCAGAGCAUCCGUUUAAAGGGAUCUUCACUACUCUUCCUAAGCCUGGUGGUGGUGAAUUCGGAAAGUUCUAUAGCUUACCUGCUCUUAAUGAUCCACGAAUUGAUAAACUUCCUUACUCUAUUAGGAUUCUUCUUGAAUCUGCGAUUCGUAAUUGUGAUAACUUCCAAGUUACUAAGGAAGAUGUUGAGAAGAUUAUUGACUGGGAAAAGACAUCUCCUAAACAAGUCGAGAUUCCGUUUAAACCGGCUCGUGUUCUUCUUCAGGACUUUACGGGAGUCCCAGCUGUUGUUGACCUUGCUUGUAUGCGUGAUGCGAUGAAUAAGCUGGGCAGUGAUUCCAACAAAAUCAAUCCCUUGGUUCCGGUGGAUCUUGUGAUUGACCACUCAGUUCAAGUUGAUGUUGCUCGAUCUGAGAAUGCAGUGCAAGCAAACAUGGAGCUUGAGUUCCAGAGGAACAAGGAGAGGUUUGCUUUCCUUAAAUGGGGUUCUACUGCGUUCCAGAACAUGCUUGUUGUGCCUCCUGGCUCUGGUAUUGUGCAUCAGGUCAAUUUGGAAUAUCUUGGAAGAGUUGUGUUCAAUACCAAAGGCCUUCUCUACCCAGACAGCGUGGUUGGAACUGAUUCACAUACAACUAUGAUUGAUGGUUUGGGAGUUGCUGGAUGGGGAGUUGGAGGCAUUGAAGCUGAGGCAACAAUGCUUGGGCAGCCCAUGAGUAUGGUAUUGCCUGGUGUUGUUGGAUUCAAACUGGCCGGAAAAAUGCGUAAUGGUGUAACAGCUACUGAUUUGGUUCUAACAGUGACUCAAAUGCUGAGGAAGCAUGGUGUUGUUGGAAAGUUUGUUGAGUUUUAUGGUGAUGGUAUGAGUGGGCUGUCCCUAGCUGACAGGGCAACCAUUGCCAACAUGUCUCCCGAGUAUGGUGCAACCAUGGGCUUUUUCCCUGUGGAUCAUGUUACUCUACAGUAUCUCAAAUUGACUGGAAGAAGCGAUGAGACGGUGGCCAUGAUUGAAGCAUAUCUUCGAGCAAACAAUAUGUUUGUUGACUACAAUGAGCCUCAGCAAGACCGGGUCUACUCAUCAUAUCUAGAACUGAACCUGGAUAAUGUUGAACCUUGCAUUUCUGGACCAAAGCGGCCACAUGAUCGUGUUACUUUGAAGGAUAUGAAAGCUGACUGGCAUUCAUGUCUCGACAGUAAAGUUGGGUUCAAGGGUUUUGCUAUACCUAAAGAGGCACAAGAAAAAGUGGUAAAUUUUUCGUUCAAUGGACAACCAGCAGAGCUUAAACAUGGAAGUGUGGUGAUUGCUGCAAUCACAAGCUGUACUAAUACAUCAAAUCCCAGCGUCAUGCUUGGUGCUGGUCUUGUUGCGAAAAAGGCUUGUGACCUUGGACUACAGGUUAAGCCUUGGAUAAAGACAAGUCUUGCGCCGGGCUCAGGAGUUGUUACAAAAUACUUAUUAAAGAGUGGACUGCAAGAAUAUCUGAAUGAACAGGGUUUCAAUAUUGUUGGCUACGGGUGCACUACAUGCAUUGGGAAUUCUGGAGAAAUUAAUGAAUCAGUGGGAGCUGCUAUUACCGAAAAUGACAUUGUGGCGGCUGCUGUGCUUUCCGGGAACAGGAACUUUGAAGGGCGUGUUCAUCCACUAACAAGAGCCAACUACCUUGCUUCUCCUCCUUUGGUGGUUGCCUAUGCUCUUGCUGGCACGGUUAACAUUGACUUUGAAACGGAGCCUAUUGGCACUGGAAAGAAUGGCAAGGAUGUUUUCCUAAGGGAUAUCUGGCCAACCACAGAGGAAAUUGCUGAGGUUGUUCAAUCCAGUGUUUUGCCUGACAUGUUCCGAGCAACAUACGAGUCAAUCACCAAGGGUAACCCCAUGUGGAAUAAGCUGUCUGUUCCUGAGAAUACCCUCUACUCAUGGGAUCCCAACUCAACUUACAUUCACGAGCCUCCAUACUUUAAGGACAUGACCAUGGAUCCUCCAGGGCCACACAAUGUGAAGGAUGCUUACUGUUUGCUCAAUUUUGGGGACAGUAUCACCACUGAUCAUAUCUCACCAGCUGGGAACAUCCAAAAGGACAGUCCUGCUGCAAAGUUUCUCAUCGAGCGUGGCGUUGACCGUAAGGACUUCAACUCAUAUGGAAGUCGCCGUGGGAAUGAUGAAAUAAUGGCCAGAGGCACUUUUGCUAAUAUCCGUAUCGUUAACAAGCUCAUGAAUGGUGAGGUUGGCCCUAAGACAGUUCACAUUCCAUCUGGAGAGAAGCUCUCAGUCUUUGACGCAGCCAUGAGGUACAAGUCAUCUGGUGAAGACACAAUUAUUCUUGCUGGAGCUGAGUAUGGAAGUGGUAGCUCACGUGAUUGGGCUGCCAAGGGACCCAUGCUACAGGGCGUUAAAGCGGUGAUUGCAAAAAGUUUUGAGAGGAUUCACCGAAGCAACUUGGUGGGAAUGGGAAUCAUCCCGUUGUGCUUUAAGUCUGGUGAAGACGCAGAUACUCUUGGAUUGACUGGUCACGAACGCUACACGAUCCAUCUCCCAACUGAUAUCUCAGAGAUAAGACCCGGCCAAGAUGUUAACGUCACUACCGACAACGGAAAAUCUUUCACUUGCACAGUCCGCUUCGACACAGAGGUGGAAUUGGCAUACUUCAACCAUGGAGGCAUACUUCCAUAUCAAAACAUGUAUGUUGAGUUGUGUUCGGUGAGACCUUUAUUUGGUGGCGCUAUUUCCACCGUCUUCCCUCAAAGAUUUCAGGAUGUGAGUGAUAUCAGACAAGUUCCUGAUCAUCAGGAAGUGUUUGUGGAUCCGUCAAGAGAUGAGAGUUUGAUUUUUGAGUUGUUGAAUUUCAAGACUGAUGUUGGUGACAAUGGAAGUGCUUCUUGGUUCCUUAACAAUCUUGCUCGUGAGCAAGAUGCUGAAGGAUUUCAGUUGAUAGAGCAAUCAGAGGUCGUUGAGGCGCCUGGAUUAUCGUACAAAAACAUCCCUGCCGUUGCGACAACUGCUAUUGGAGAGAUGGUAUAUGUGGCAAAUCUUCGUCUUAAGGGAGUUGAUACAGAUGUCUUAGUGACUGCGUAUGAACCUAUUCUGAUAAACCCUCUGAGCGAAAGUGCGGAUGCUGUGGGAUCUGGUUUAGCCGUCUCAGCUUCACAAUCUGGAAUUAUGCCAAUGUUAGUUGAUAAUGAAGCUUCUAGAAAUUAUUCUUGGUGGGCGUGGAACUAUAUGGGAAGAUCAGCUUGGAGAAUAUGCUUUUUCGAAUGGAGUCUGAUCAAGUUAGUUCUCAAUGAAGAAUUUAAAAGUGCUGCAAAUUCCAGAGCCUAUAAUCGUUGGGAUUUUCAGGGUGUUAAAGCGGUGAUUGCAAAGAGUUUUGAGAGGAUUCACCGAAGCAACUUGGUGGGAAUGGGAAUCAUCCCAUUGUGCUUUAAGUCCGGGGAAGAUGCAGAUACUCUUGGAUUGACUGGUCACGAACGCUACACAAUCAAUCUCCCAACUGAUAUCUCAGAGAUAAGACCUGGCCAAGAUGUUACUGUCACUACCGACAACGGAAAAUCUUUCACUUGCACAGUCCGCUUCGACACAGAGGUGGAAUUGGCAUACUUCAACCAUGGAGGCAUACUUCCAUAUGUUAUCAGAAACUUGAGCAAGCAAUAGGAAGGAAAACAUUUGAACUUGACGAGAACUCUCCAAACAGAAUCAAUGGCGACUACUCAUGCAGUGAUGGGUGUGAUCAGGUCAGUUAUGCCUGCUUUUCGCAAUAACAACGACAAAGUCGCUUUCGUAGUUCACGCUUCUUUCGUUGUUUCCGGUUUCAUCCUCACUGCAACUGGGCGUCCUGCCUUUGCCUUUGACGCUCUGUCGUCAUCGACCACUGAGAGUUUGGUUGGGAUUACCGGGUGGAACGAAUUCGAUGAGGAGUAUGCGUUUGUUUAUAAAAGUCCGGUGAAGGGAUCGAAGAAGAAUACAGUGAAUAAAUUUCUGGUUAAGUGCUUGGAGAUGAAUGGUAAACUUCUUGUUGAUGCCAUAGCUGAGGAUGGAAAAGAAUAUGCCCAUCUCCAAAUAGAAGUUGGGAAUUAUACUGAUGAGUCUAGAGACGAGAGGGAUUACGAUGCACAGUUCAAGAAUUUUGGCAAGCGAACGCUUGAACAUAUUGAGAAUGUGAGAACUAUAUCAUCAUCUCUUUGCUUCAACUACUCUUCAGAUGAAUAUAUGUAUCCACAACGAGUCAUCGAUGGAGUAGUUUGGGAUCUCGAUCAAUGCUACAUGAAUGUUUUAAAGUAUCGCCUUUUGCACUUGAGUUUUGAUCUUUAAGUUAGAAGAAUUCUGGUAAUAUAAGAGAGCUAAAGCAUGAGUUUAGGUAAAAAGUAUUGUUCACAGAAGUAAAGUUUGAGUUUUGCCUAUCCUAUAACUCUGUCAAUCAUUUAUGAGAUGCAUGGUAUGAAAUGUAUUGUUUCACAGAAGUAAAUUGAAUUUGGAUGG